AUGGUCUUGGUCAUCAGCAGGUCAGCAUCAAAUAUUGUUCAAAAUGUUGAGCGUUUUCAGAUUGACCGGAAGAAGCAGUCAUUGAAGGAAGGUGGGGAAUACGAAGAUUCUGCUCUUCUCCUAGCUCUGGCCUCUCAUUAUAAAUGGAUGGAUGAAAUCACAGCCGAAUUAGUCCAACUGUUGCCUGCUUUGGUGCAUACUGAUGAAAUAGCGCUGGCGAGCUCGGUCCAAAAUGCUGCCGAACAGUUUUUCGACGAUCUCAUCACCAUUCGUUCCCGGAUAUGGCCAAACAAGCUUCAUCCGUGGGAUCUUCCCGGCCCAUUAUAUGCAUUGUACACCAUAAAUGAUGUCUUCACAUUUCCGGCCGACGGAGGGAUGCCCGAAGUCGUAACGUUA